AUGUUCCUGGACAGCCUUGCGCAGGACGCUGCGUGGCUGGGCCGCUACGCGCGCGACAGACAGGGCAACGUCAUCCCGUGGGAGCUGGUGGAGCGGCUGCACCGUGACUCACACCCCUACGAGGUCUUCCAGGUCAGGGCGAUGCUGGCGGUGCCAUACUUUGAGAAGGCCCUCUACGAGCUGCCAGACGACCAGGUGACUCCUGCUGCCCUGGAGGCGCUGGCUGACCGGGUGGAGAAAGAGAUCCAGGGCGGCUUCUCACCCCGGCCCCUCCUGAGCGUGCCCCACAUCCUGGCGGACGAGUCCAGCUGCUACUACCACGGGUGA